UUCGUCUGGAGAUUAGUUUUGAGCCGCACCGCUCGCCGUCCGGCACGGUAACCAUGGCAACUGCAGUAACGCGACGCCGUCAGACUGUAGCAGCGUGAAAGGUAGAGUAGGUAGAGGAUGGACUGCUAACGUGCUUUUUUGAGGUGUUGUUUAUCCAAGUUUUGUUACUGGAAAGCAACAGAUCAGUUCUCCGUUAGUUUGUUUUGACACCGAGGGAAAGUCAACUUUUGGGAUAUGGAUUCAGGUAGAACUGCGCACAGAAGAAAGGCGGACAUUCCUGUAAUCAGACCAAGAGCAUCGGAUAAGAACCAACAUAUCCACGAGCAUGUCGCUGUUCAAAGUCUUGAACUCAGUAAGGUGAUCCGUCUUCUUGAAGAUCCCUUGACAGCUAACUUGAAGGAGAGGCACCUGUUUGUCCUGAAGAAGCUACUGAAGAGAUGCCAACUCGGAUUUCUUUUAAGGGAACUGACAGGCAUUACCAAGAUACUCAACAUCUGUGCUGAGAAAGGGACGAAUCACCCCGAAUAUGUGCCAUUUAUAUGUCAGGCGCUUCAAAUUUGUAGGCUUCCCUUCCUGAAGGAGAAGACCUCCGAUGAGCUGAGCUACGCUCAGGACGUAGUAGAGUUCAUCUCUCACAUGGGCUAUCUGAUGAGGAUGUCCAAUGCUGAAGUGAGACAGCAGACACUUGAGUCUGUCAAAUGCUUCUACAGCUGCGUGGUUUCCAAACAGCUGAUUGACGGUACUGACCGCCUCUCCAAGCCGAAGCCUCGGACUUUACCUUCUGGCCACCAAUUUUCUAGACUUUCACCGAGGCUUCAGCCGACCUCCCCAGGCUACAGGCUGCAGCUGCUGGAGCGCAGUGACCUGGCUCAGACGUUGCUUCUCUCCCUGGCGGCUCUUGAGAACCAGCCCGCCAUCAAACUGCAGCUGCUGCAGACCCUUCAGAUCCUCUCCAGCUCCUCUGACAUGAACUGCGCGUUAAUAGUGAAUGCACAAGGAGCAGAGACGAUCUGUCUCCACAUGAACGAACCCGACCCGUUCGGCCAGGUCCUGUUCCGGUCCUCCGAGAUCCUCUGGAACCUGCUGGAGACCGGCAGCAGUGAGGUCACUGCUCAGCUCAGCAGCAUGGAGUGUGUCAUUUCUCUGAAAGAAGCGUUUCUUCACACGCUGAUGAUUGGUUCCCGACACUCUGAUCUCCAACUCAGAAACGAUCUGCUUGUGAUCACAACUCUCAUCGCAGAAAAUCCUAGGUCCCUGCUUAUUGAGAGUUUAUUUGCCAAACAGCUUGUGGUUUUGGCAACAUUUCCAGAGCUGAAAGGUUACAGCCCUUUGGUCUGCGACCUGAAGCUCUCCUACAACAACGAAGACUUGAAAAUGAAGAAGUUGCUCUUGAAUCUGUUGGUUGUGAUGUCGAAAGACUUUGCCGCUCUGCAGCUUUACAAAGAGGAACGAGUCAUGCUGGCUCUGCUGGUGCUCGUGCAGCCGCCCGCCGCCUCGUCGGCGUCGCCGGAGUGGACCUCGGCCCAGCGGGAGGAGCUCCAGCUGCAGGCGCUGGCCACCGUCUGCACCCUCGCUCCGCUCAUGUUGGACGACUACGUGAGCCAUCAGGGGAACGCCACUCUGCUGCUCCUGCUGGACCACUGCGUUGCUCGAGAUGCUUUCUUUGGUCAGGGUCACGGAUCCCACAACACAGGAGAUAGAGGCAGCACAAAGGCUCAGAUGCGCCAUUGUAUCAGAGCUCUGAGAUCAGUGUUGUCUUUAGGAGUUGACUCUGUCAACCAGGACUUUUGUGAUCGGGGAACCAUAAAUCAGUUCUUGGGGAUUUUGAUGCAGAUGGAAGCCAGUCCCGAUGAGGAGGACGCAGCCACCCUGGAGAUUAAGUCAGAUAUUCAACUGAUACUUUCAGCAGUGUGUGAGAACGACAUGCACAGAAAGGAGCUGUUUGGAUCGGACGGAGUUGAGAUGACAAUUCACUUCCUGAAGAAAGGCUGCGACAAGUUCUACAGCGGCCUGGGACACAACAAGCUCGUCCUCUCCACGGUGGACUGUGUGCGGUCCUGUAUUGUUGGCUGCUACACCACAGAAGAUUACUUUUUGGCUAAAAACGGGGCGUGUCUUCUGUUGGACUUACUCAGUUCGAGCCCCAGAUGUGUCCACUGCACUGUCCUCGCCAACCUGUUGGAGUUGUGUGACAACCCGAACACUGCGUCUCACAUCCUGAGCUGGAGGGACGCCGGCGGUCAGACUGCUCCCAGGUUCCUGCUGCAGCUGUGGAGGGACGAGGAGGAGGAGCUGAAGGUCAGCCGAAACCUGCACGGAGCGAUCGCAGACCCCCAGAGACCCGUCCUCCGUCCAUACCAGCAGGAGGACCCCCAGCUGUCCUUUCCUGCUAACAUACAGAGUACAGCAGUCCUGGAGCUGUCAGAGAACCUGCGCAUUAAGAUUUUCUCCAUCGUCUCCAAACUUGGUUUUCAAGAGCUUCCUGGAUUGUCUACAAAAGAUUACGUGACCUUGAGCAUCGUCAGGAGAUACUUGGACUUCAAGGUCGGGGAGGUGUGGAACGAGAUCCGCAGGGAGCUCCAUCAGGACUGCGUGAGGCCGACCACCCCCGACGGGGAGGCCCUGAGCGCCAUCUGUAAGGUUUCAGAGGGCACGGCGAGGAGGGUCGCGGCCGAACAGAACAGCAUCCUCCAGCAGUGGGAGAAGGAGGACAUCGUCGAGGAGGAGCUCCUGUACACUGAGAUUAAGUCUCAGUGGAAGCAGCGGGAGCUCAUGGCCGAGUCAUGGGACUCUUAUGUUUCCAAGACUUCAAACUAUGAGAUCCUAAAGGAAAUAAAAGCCAAGAGGGAGAAGUACAUUGAAUCAUCCCGACCCAAAUCAAAGCACCAGGAGGCUGCAGUUCACCCUAAAGAGCAUUUUGUCGGCCAUGUGAUGUCUGCAGAGAGAACAGGAGCUCAGGGGCCCGCCGGAGUCAAAGUGACGCUGGCCAGAGCUCCCCUCAAGGUGGCAGAUCGGGAUGUAGCUGGGGUCACAAGUCAGGACCCAGAAUACUUCAGCACUGUAUCUGUAAACAACUGAUGUUUGACACGCAUCCUUCACGUUGUUUCGAACACUUUCUAAUCGAUUCCCAGCGUCUGUACGUACUGAAGUGUUUAAUUUGACUGCGGCUGCGAAUGCAGACAUGCGGUCACUUAAAGUGCACAAUCAGCAGCUUGUAGUCUGAUCCAGCCGUUCAAUGGACACACAAAGUGCAGUCAACUGACUGGCCUUUGUGGCAGCGCUAACUGUUGAAAUACGUCAUAAUAAUAAAACAACAGACUUGUUUUUUUCACAUAACGUGUCAUUUUAUUUUGUAACGAUUUUCCCCCACAACAUUCAUUUCAAUAAACAUAAUUAUAUUGUUUCUAUGCGUUAAUCAUCCAAUGUGCUUGGUUCAUCUACCGUGAGACGCUGAACAGUCAAUGGGAAAUCAUUUAACACCAAAAUAUCUAAACCUGGAUUAAUUCAAAGAUUAAAUAAAGCCUGAUUAUGU